GUGGAGUCUGGGCCGCCCGUCGCCUCGGAGCUCGGAGAGAGUAACGGUGUGCAUUUUGGAGCUAACUCAGCUCCAAAGAGACUCUGCCAAGGAUGAGAAUCAUUGCCAGAAGAAAAAAGAGGGAGGUACUGCGGCUCUGUUUGGUCACUUACGAACAUGGGAACAGCUUUAACACGAGCGGCUCGAUGGACAUCUGCUGGCUCGGGACUUGGCAAAUUAGAAUUUACUCCUUUGAAUGAAUCUCUGCUGAACAACAUUAUUGAAUUUGUAGAGAAUUUGAACUCCAGACAUCCACAGGAAGCGUCCUACAUAUUUAAACAACCUCUUCAAUGGAAAACAACAUUGAAAAGGAACAAUUUUGGAUCAGAUUAUACUUUUGAUGGAGCUACAGUGAAAUCAAAAGAAAUUAAGAAUCGAGUUGCAUUGUUGUCAUUUUCUAUCUCCACUGAAAUCAUUAAAGUGCACACAUUUGCUCAGCUGAACAAACUGCUGGCUCUAGCUGGGAAUGGUAAACUAAAAGAAACACGGGCUUGUCUUGAAGGAAAUAGAGAUCCAAUAGUAAAUAUACUUGGCCCAGGCUUUGCUACAGUGGAAGAAGAAGACACAGCCAUGCUGCGUUUGCUGGAAAAGGUCAAGACAAACACUGAUGACAUUAAUACAGAGAUUGCAAUGAAGUUACUUAUUCUCCUUAAUCAACUGGACUUGCAACUUCUGAAUAAUUCUUUAAAAGUAAUGUCAAAAGAAGUACGUCUAAGCCCUUCAGCUGUAAAGCGUGAUGUGGAACUGCUUAAAUCUUUCUCUGGUGAAGACAAGAAGACUGUUUUAAUAUCUAUCAACUACACAUCAGAUUAUGAAUUUUCCAAUGGCUGUAGAGCUCCACCUUGGAGACAGGUUCAUGGGGAUAUCUGCUACUUGAUAAUUGUCCCUCAUGACACUGAACCCCUGUUCGUCACCUGUAGCACAGCUGGAAUUUUCUUAAAUGGGGGUAUAAUUAAGAAAACUAAAGAAAUAGACUAUGAAAGAAAAAGUGAGAUUUUCAAGGAUCUAGUUUCAUUUUUAACAGGAAAAUCUGCCAAAUUUGUGGAAAAUCUUGCUCAAGCUCAUCAGAAUUUUCCAUUUCAGAAGGAAACUCCAAUUAAUCACAAGAGCUCACAAAUUAUCAAUUUGAAUGGUGACUACCCUGAAAGAUUAAUUGAUCAGCAGGNAAAAAAAGCUUACACUUCAAGAGAAUCAAUCCCCCAAAUAGGACAGCUAGCUCAGAGCAAGAAAUCAGAUGCCUUUCAACAUCCACCAAAUCUACAAAUGAAGGGUCAGAGCAAUACCAAGAUGAAGCAGGAUAAAGGAAGUGAGGGGACCAAGACAAUUGAACAUUUGAGAAAAAGGUCAAGUUUACAUGGAUCACUAUUUAUUAGAAAGUAUUCAGCAAACAAAUCCACUUCUAUUGGAUGGUCCGAAGAGUUAAGUGAAACUUCUUCAGAGAGUGAUGAAGAGGAAGAACAAAUUGAUAGAUCUCAUGAAUCCAACACUGAUUUGCCUUCUGAGUACUGGCAGAUGCAGAAGUUGGUUAAAUACCUCAAGGGUGGUAACCAAACGGCUACCAUUAUUGCAUUGUGUUCGAUGAGGGAUUUCAACUUGACUAAUGAAACAUGCCAAUUAGCCAUCCGAGAUGUGGGUGGCUUAGAGGUUCUGAUUAAUCUAUUGGACACAGAUGAAACUAAAUGCAAGAUUGGUUCUUUAAAAAUCCUAAAAGAAAUUAGUCAAAAUCCACAAAUCCAGCGUUGCAUGGCUGAUCUGGGUGGUUUGCAGACAAUGGUGAAAAUCCUGGACUCCCCCAAUAAAGAUCUACAGUGUUUGGCAGCAGAAACAAUUGCUAAUGUAGCCAAGUUCAAAAGAGCAAGGCAAACUGUCAGACGUUUUGAUGGCAUUAAACGACUGGUCGGCCUUUUGGAUUGUGUUCCAAUGCAUUCGACUAAUCUAACCCCAGAACAGAACAAAACCAUUGAAGUGGCACGUUGUGGUGCUCUAGCUCUCUGGAGCUGCAGUAAAAGUAAAAGAAAUAAGGAGGCUAUUCGUAAAGCUGGCGGGAUUCCUCUGCUGGCAUGUCUCCUGAAGUCACGUCAUGAAAACAUGCUUAUCCCAGUUGUAGGCACUUUGCAGGAAUGUGCAUCAGAGGCAAGCUACAGAGAGGCCAUUGGAGCAGAGCAAAUGAUUCAAUACCUGGUUAAAAAUCUUUCCAGUGAAAAUGAAGAGCUUCAAAUGCAUUGUGCUCGUGCUAUUUUCAAGUGUGCAGUGGAUAAAGAAACCCGUGAUACUGUAAGGAUAAAAAAUGGACUGGAACCGCUGGUCAAACUUUUUGGGAAAACUGACAAUAAGCCGUUGUUAGCAGCAGCCACUGGAGCAGUGUGGAAAUGUUCUAUUAGCAUGGAAAAUGUAAAAAGGUUUCAAGAAUUAAAAGCCAUAGAAACUUUGGUUAGUCUGCUGAUUGAUCAGCCCGAGGAAGUUCUUGUCAAUGUGGUGGGAGCACUGGGAGAAUGUGCUCAGGUGGCGAUUAAUCGCAGUACUAUCAGAAAUUGUAGAGGCAUGGAUCCAUUGAUCAAUCUUCUAAGUGGAACUAAUGAAGCUUUGCUUGUCAAUGUCACAAGAGCAGUGGGAGCUUGUGCAGUUGAUCCUGAAAAUAUGGCGAUAAUUGAAACUCUUGAUGGAGUUCGGUUGUUAUGGUCUUUACUCAAAAAACCUAAUCCAGAUAUUCAAGCAAGUGCAGCCUGGGCUAUCUGUCCUUGUAUUGAAAAUGCCAAGGAAGCUGGAGAAAUGGUUCGAUCCUUUGUUGGUGGUCUGGAAUUGAUUGUUAACUUGCUGAAAUCCAACAACACAGAGGUACUCGCCAGUGUUUGUGCAGCUUUAGCCAAAAUAGCCAUGGAUGAGGAAAAUCUAGCGGUUAUAACUGAUCAUGGAGUUGUCCCAAUGUUGUCAAAUCUGGCAAGCACAACAAAUGAUAAGCUCUGCCACCACUUGGCAGACGCCAUUGCUUGCUGUUGCACAUGGGGUAACAACAGGAUCGCUUUUGGAGAAGCAGGGGCUGUGGCCCCACUGGUUCGAUAUUUGAAAUCAAAGGAUCCUUUGGUGCAUCGUGCUACAGCACAAGCUCUGUAUCACCUCUCAUUUAAUCCUGACAACUGCAUCACUAUGCAUGAGAAUGGAGUGGUUAAGCUGCUGUUGGGCUUGAUGGAUUCCACAGAUGAAGCUCUACAGGAAGCAGCGGCCGGUUGUAUCUCAAACAUUCGAAGGCUUGCCCUGGCUAAUGAGAAGGCCCGAUACAAAUGAAAACAGUGCACAUUCCACGUUUUAUUUCUCAGGAGCGAUUACCUGAGCAGGUACAAUAAAAGAAAGAUUUACUGAGUACUGCUGCUGGACGCACAUGAAAGACAUUCUGUGUAAACUAAAAUAAACCAGAUGUUUAAUGGAAAUACAAAAGCCGCUUCUGAUUUCCUAAAAAUCUCAGAGUCGAGUUAAUUCUGGAAUCGUUCUACAGCAAUAUUAAAAUAAAAUAAAAUAAAUAUAAAAUAAAU